AUGUGUUCCGGUUACUGCAUGUCGUUCUCGUUCCCGAAUCCGGGCGAGAAUUCGAUUACGGUACACGGCAAAUGCUGUCGAAUGGUUGAUACUGAAUGGAUCUCAGUAAAUGUGAAUUGCAACGAUGGUGAACGCAAAAUGAAAAUACCGAGUGCUCUUGAAUGCAGGUGCUUCGAUUGUGCUUAG